AUGAAUGUAAAUAAAAAAAAUAGUAAGCACCUUUCGGAACUAACGAAUGAGGUCGAUAAAGAAUUAGAACAAUUGACAAUUCAGAGCAGCGUGUACGAGUCGUGCUUUUUGCUUCUUUCAGCUGUGCAGAUAUAUUUUUUAGAUAAAAAAACAAAUAAAAAGAUAAACAGCGAAAGUUUAGAAGAGAUACAAGUUACAAAAGAAAAGAAACAAAAGAAAGAAAAACCUGCUACAUACACCAAACUGAAGAAUCAUUUUUUAAAUGAUUAUGUUAUAUAUCAAAAGGGGCAAAAAAAAGCAUUUCUCAGUGGGGAAGCAACUUAUCUUACCCCCCUUUAUAAGAAAAACUGA